UUUACGUGACGGCGACAACCAGCCCUACCCUGGCCGACAACAUGAAGCUUGGAGUCCGAGAGGCAGUGUUGGCGAGGGGCUCCAUUUGACAGCGGCUGAGUACUGAGCACGAGAGGCGAGGGUGGAAAGCAACGUCUUGCGGCGGAGCGAGGAUGGAGAGAAGGAAGAAGGAGGCGGCGGCUGCGAAGGAUAUUCAGCUCUCUGCAGAAGUAGAACCAUUUAUACCCCAGAAGAAGGGAACUGAUAUUCUUGUUCCUAUGGCUCUUCCUAAUGAUGGAAAUGGUACUGGUGUCGAAGCUCCUCCUAUACCAAGCUACUUGAUAACCUGUUAUCCCUUUGUGCAAGAAAAUCAAUCUAAUAGGCAAUUGCCUGUGUAUAAUGGUGAUAUUCGGUGGCAGCAAGUGAAUCCAAAUUCAUCAGGACCAUACCUUGCCUAUCCCAUAUUGCCAACACCACAGCCUCCUGUUUCUACAGAUUAUGCUUACUAUCAGCUCAUGCCAGCACCAUGCACACCAAUGGUGGGUUUUUAUUCUCCCUUUCCUCCACCAUACACUGCACCUUUCCAGCCAGCCAAUGUGGUGAAUGCAUUGUCUGACUGCAGUGAAAGGCCUAUUACCGCCGGACAAGCCUGCCAAGCUAGCACUCAGAGAAGCAGAACCAGCAGAGGUCCAGUGCCGAAGGUUUUGAAAACGGCCAAGCCUCUGGUGAGAAACGUAGCUGUUCAAAAGGAAAACAGUGCCUCGGGUCCUGAAAAUAGAUCGAAGAUUGUGUUGCUGGUGGACGCCAGUCAGCAAACAGAUUUUCCUGGGGAUGUAGCCAAUAAAACACACACCGAGAGGGCCAGCCCCUUGAUUUGGAAAUCAAAAGUGAGGAGAAGAAGAGCAUCUCACCCUGCUGCUGAAUCUUCAAGUGAACAAGGAGCUAGUGAAGCUGACAUUGACAGUGAUAGUGGCUACUGCAGUCCUAAGCAUAGCCACAGUCAGACCACAUCAGCUACUACAAGGAGUACAGAAUGCAAAGUCGACGAUUUAACAGGGAUUGCAGGAGGCCCCAGUUGGGCAAAUGUCGCUUCCCAAGCACCACAAAGGUUUGGGAUGGACAGAAUCCAGACAUUUUCUUGUGGUCGGGUUGGCAGGCCGGCAGAUCUGCGAAACUCUCAGGAUAACUCCAGAGGAAAGGUGCAAAGUUUGUCUUCACAAAGAAUGUCAAACCAUCAGAAGAAUCGAGAUUGGACUGCAGGACAGUCGUCUGAAACGCAACAGUUUGUCAGUGGGCAUAUGACUGGAACUGAUCAAAAAUCUGAUUCUUUAUGUUUUGAGGAUGACAGUGAGUUUCCAGAAUUGAUCAUUGGAGCUGGUGUUUCCAAGAGCAAAGCUGUAGCCCAUGAUAAUACUCAGAAUAAAAAUUCUCCCAUUUGUCAACUUUCUAAAAAGCAACUCGGGCUGGGCGAUCUUCCAGAAACAUCUCCAAUCAACAUAGUGCAGACACCUAUUCCUAUAACUACAGCUAUUCCAAAGCGUGCUAAAAGUCAAAGGAAAAAAGCAUUGGCUGCAGCCCUUGCUACUGCUCAGGAGUAUUCAGAGAUUAGCAUGGAACAGAAAAAGCUCCAGGAGGCUCUGAAUAAGGCAGCAGGGAGGAAGAGUAAAGCCCCUGUACAACUGGAUCUUGGUGAUAUGUUAGCUGCACUAGAGAAACAACAACAAGCCAUGAAGGCAAAGCAACUGACUAACACAAAACCUCUAUCCUACUCUGUUGGUACAAGUACCCCUCUUUCUAUCAAAGACUGUGGGAACAUGAAAACUUUACAUAAAAAUCAGCAGUUUAUUGGAUUUCAUAAUCCGUUGGAUUCUGGUGCCCCCAAGAUAAAGCGAGGGAAGGAGAGGGAGAUUCCAAAAGCAAAGCGUCCAACUGCACUUAAAAAGAUUAUCCUGAAGGAAAGAGAAGAAAAGAAAAAUAGAUUUUCAAUAGAAUCAACAGUUGUAGGAUCAGAGGAACCGGGUGAUGAACAAAUGAACCUUUCGGAGGAGCAGUCUAUGACCCAGGAAGUGGUUUCGCAGGAAGAUAUUGGAUUGAGCGUUCCCAGUGACACAUCUCUGUCUCCUGCAAGCCAGAACUCGCCAUAUAGUAUGACACCAGUUUCACAAGGGUCUCCAGUCAGCUCAGGAGUUGGCAGUCCAAUGGCUUCUUCGACGAUCACAAAAAUUCACAGCAGACGUUUCAGAGAAUACUGCAACCAAGUACUUAGUAAAGACAUUGAUGAAUGUGUGACUUUGUUGUUGCAAGAACUUGUCCGUUUUCAAGAACGAAUUUACCAGAAAGAUCCAAUCAAAGCCAAAAUGAAGAGAAGGCUUGUUAUGGGUUUACGUGAAGUGACAAAGCACAUGAAACUAAAAAAAAUUAAAUGUGUGAUCAUCUCUCCAAACUGUGAGAAAAUUCAGUCAAAAGGUGGACUAGAUGAAGCUUUGUACAAUGUGAUUGCCAUGGCUCGGGAACAAGAAAUUCCUUUUGUUUUUGCUCUUGGCCGUAAAGCUCUUGGUCGAUGUGUGAAUAAACUUGUUCCUGUAAGUGUUGUGGGAAUCUUCAACUACAGUGGUGCUGAGAGCUUGUUUAAUAAGCUGGUGGCAUUAACUGAGGAGGCCCGUAAGGCAUACCGUGACAUGGUGACAGCUUUGGAACAAGAACAAGCUGAAGAAGCCUUAAAGCACACCAGAAAGGUACCACACAUGGGCCAUUCUCGUAACCCUUCUGCAGCAAGUGCAAUUUCAUUCUGCAGCGUUAUAUCUGAACCCAUUUCUGAAGUGAAUGAAAAGGAAUAUGAAACCAACUGGCGAAACAUGGUAGAAGCCACUGAUGCACCUGAAUGUUGCGAGAUUGAGAAACCCAUAUCAAGUGUGACCACUGGCCUGGAUAAGUCUUCAAGUUUACCAGCAGCUGUAGGCAAAGCCAACAAACCAAUCCUGGGAAUAACCACUAGUUCUUCUGUGGGUCAGGCAACUCGCGCUACAGACAAGGAAGAAGGGAAAACAGAUGAUAUAUUAGAAUGGGCCUCUCAGCAGAGCACUGAGACAGGAUCACUUGAUGGUAGCUGCAGGGAUAUUCUUAAUUCUUCCAUGAUCAGCACCACCAGCACUCUUGUACCCGACAUGCUUGAGGAGGAGGAAGAUGAUGAAGAGGAGGAAGAAGAUGACAAUGCUGCUGAACCUGUUACCAUAGUGGUAACAUUUAGCAGCAGAAUUGAUGAUUGGGUAUCAGAAGCACAAAAAACACUGGAAACAUUGCAGCUCAGCAAAAAUAUUGAUAGUACAGAGGAAGAUCACAAUGGGCAAAGUGACAUAGAAGAACUAGAUGCAGUGGAACAGAUAGAUGUAACUACAGAUAGUGAAGGUUCUCAACUUGCAGAAUCAGAAAGUCAAACCUGCUAAUAAUUUUAGAUCCUGGACCAGCAGCUCUUGCACAGAGCACAAUUUUUUUUUUAGGUAGACUCAUGGGAUUACGAAAAUUGUUUUGACAAUUUUUACAUAAGCUACUGUUAAAAACAUUUUGCGCCCAUUUACAUUUUAUUUGGAACAGGUUAAUAUCUGGCUUAGUAUAGAAUUUUUCCAAUUCAGUUCUGUAAGAUAUGUGUGCAUAUCUGAAAGUCUUAGUUACAAGCCACAAAAUAUUUAGAUUUUUUCUUUAUAUAUUUAAUAUCCUUUGUUUAAUUGGUUUCCCCUCUUGCAGUUCAACUUACUUUGGCCUUCUGAUCGAAGUUAUAUUGAAAUUUUACUUUACAAUGUAAUUAAUUAAACCUCAGUAGCUGCUUCAAUCCAAUUUCAUAGCUAACUAUACAAAACAUUUUUGUGAGCAAUCAUUCGAGUCUACUUAAGGGUUACUGUAAGCAAAACAAUAUAUCAACAACCUCAGGAACACAUAAACACACAUAGGAACAGUUAAUUUAAGAACUUGCUGUUUAUAACCUUGUCAUUUCAAUCUCACCGAUAUAUGAUCUGAAUUAGCAAUUGUACAGAAAAAGUAAAAGUUUGUUAGCAAAUUUGUCUCAUCUCACAACCUGUCCUACAAUAAGUUGUUUUGUGUAAUAUAAAUCGCAAAAUAAAUGGAUUACUUUCUGGAUGGUUUAUGGAAAUACUUUCAGAAUCUCUGGAGAAAAUGUAAAAAAAAAUGGAGAAAAGCCAAUAGUUUUGUUUACAAGAAAUUCAGGCUCUGAAGUGGUAGUAAUUUCAUAGAAUUUGAUUUAACUCUGCAAAAGUUCUGUCUGUUUGGAAUAGCAAUGAUGGUGUUUUUAAGAAAUCUUCUCCUUGUACAAACUACUUCUUUUCAUCUUCAGAGUCCAGUGGUAUCCAGUUAUGUGCAAUAACUUGAAACUGAUAGAGUUGCAUGUAACCACACUUGCUUAUAAUAAAAUGAUUGACCCUA